AUGGAGAGCACAAGGUUUCAUUCAUCCAAUAUUGUUGAGACGUUUCAGGAAAUACUUCUAUCAAAACAUAUGUCAGUCGGAGAUACUGACACAGUAAAUGUUCAAGAACUUCUCUACCGGGACUUUUGUGAACUUUUUCGUCAUUUAAAGAUUGACCAUGAAGAAAUCGGAAAGGAUUACAUGGAUAAGUUGAAGAGUUUGGCAGAGAGUCGCCUGAGGGCCCUGGACAAAAGACUGACCAUGUUCUGCUCAAGUACUCAGAUAUCUGAAGAGCAAAUCAUUGAUGCUUGUAUGUCAGACCAAGAAAGGGUCGAUAUGAAAGAGUUUCUUGUCUUUGCCAACAAUAUUCUCCAAGGCGUCAUAUCUGCGACACCUGGAGAUCAUUCUCUCAUGGGCAUUAUGGAACACCUGAAAACCCAUCGGAUGACAUUUGAUUAUCAAAAGGAAGUUUACAAGGUUGAGAAAAUUAAUAAAAGGUGUUUUGGAAAGAUGAUUAUACGAUGUGUCGGUCACGAAGGAACAAAGGGAAAAGAAGGGCUUCGUAGGCUGUUUCAAGCCUGCAUCGACUUUUUACAGAAAGAGAAUACAAAUGUGUGGGAAAAUGCCUCUUUCACUAUCUAUGAUGAUGACUCAAACAUGUACAAGAUCGCAAGUGGAAACAUGAGAUAUCAAUUCAUCUGUCGAAUGAAAAACGGAGAGCCAUUCAUAAAAGAGAAAACUGUAAGACAUUCGCAUUCGCAAGACUCAGCUCAACAAGACAAAAAUUGUAAGAUUAUGUGA